CGCCCGCCGGCGUUCGCUAAAUGCGCAUUCGUGUAACAGAAGUCGAACAACACAGAGGUUUCUAUCACGAAUUUACAGAUUUAAUUUACAAUCGAAUUAAAUCAAAACUGUACACAGUGGUCCUCAUAAAUUGUGUUUAGUUAUAAUUAAGUUUAAACAAUGGGUAUGAUCUCAAGAGUGCGCGGGAGAAUUAGAAGUGAUUCGUUCUCGAAGAUUCACACAAUCAAAUCAGAAGAUAAAAUAGCCAACAUUGUAUGGCUACUAUCUCUGGUGUUCUUGCUGCCGUAUUGGGCGCCUCGCGGAUUGCUCGUGGCGCUCGGAGGCGCGUGGCUGAUGGCAGCCUACACAUGUCUCGUGGUGCCAGUUCUCAUCUCAGCUAACUACCGGUAUCCGGCGAGGUGGUAUCCAGCAGUGGCCAAAAUGGCUAGAAAAACAGCAAGAAAAUUGAGAGCGCCAUUUGUUUUCAUCUUAACUAUCCUUAAAACGGCGUAUGCACCAUUGGAAAGAUCAGAGAAACUCUUUCUGCAGAUGAAUAAUUUGUCUACUAUGAUAAGUCAGCUGCUGAUGUUCACAGCAUGCGACCGACUCCUGGUAUCACAAGGCAGACUCACCUCUCUAUAUUCUCUUAUGUUCUACAACGUUAUCACCUAUUCAGUCAGCUAUGUUAGAGAAAUAUGCACAAAAGAAGACUGGUCUCCAUACGUGAACGUCACUCGACAUUCCCGCGUCAAGCACCUUGCUAUGUCUGCCACCAAAAUAGUACUCGAGUGGACAAAAGCUGUCACAUUCAUCGUCACUAUAACGUUUGUUCUUCUCACCCUUGGUUUGGAACAAGGUUUGGAACAUUACCGACCCACAGCGCUAUACACUGCCAUCACUGGAACGUAUUAUCUUCUAUCAGAAAGAACUUUCUUAGAGCUGUGGCCGAUAGCUCUGUCCGCUUUUAAAUUGGAGAGGUUGGAAGGAAUGGAGGCAUUAUAUUGUGGUCUUUGGUCAAGAGGAGUGACGACGGCACUGGCCGUGCCUUUAGUGCCAGCAUUAAUGUGGUACGAACGAUGGAGACUAGCAUUUCUGGUUUUAUACAUUUGUGUAUUCGUUCACGGGAAAUACCGUCUUGGUGAAGCGCUGAAGAAAAUAAGGGAAGCGCGCGGCUCAUUAGCUAAAUUCAGACGGGCAACGCCAGAGGAGCUGGCUACUCUAGAAGAUGUUUGCGCAGUUUGUUUGGGCACCAUGAAAUCGGCCCGUGUAACGCCAUGUGCCCAUUUCUUCCACGCCGAUUGUUUAAGAAGGUGCCUCGCUACAUCCGACAGGUGCCCCAUAUGUGUCAGGCCGUAUGUGUUUUGCUGACAGACAUAAUUUGGAUACUCGGAUAAGACUGCUUAGAGCGCUUGAAAUUAAUUUCAAAACUCGACUGAAUGCUGAAAUGAUUUCGAAGUUAUGAGUGUGGUUCAUGUUCCAAAAUUACCCAUCUAUGCAUGUUCAUUGCAGAAAGAAGUUACGAUUAUUUUUUCAAAGAUAAAAUUUCAAUAUACAUAGGUAGUAUUUAAACAAUAAGUAUCACUUUUGUAUUACAAUACCUACUAAAUAAUACUACUUAAAUUGUGUGUGAUGUAUUAACUGAUGAAUAUAGAAUUCAAAACAAUUCCAAAGGUAUCUCUUCGUAUUCUAGUUCAUUAAAAUACAGGUCUUAGUUAGAAAACUACUGGGUCACUUCGUUUUUAAACAAGGCUAAACUGAGUUACCCAUUCCCUGUGGAUUUUGGGCGGGCGCUUAGAAAGCUAAAUUUGUAGCAGGCAAAAAAACUUCAGAGUUUUUAAGAUUUUCUUUUUUAAGAAAUUGACAUUUUUAGAUUUCGGACACAUUAAACCCUCUUUCUGUAACCAAGCCGCGUAGUAAAACGAUUAUUGUAACCAAAUUAAUAUUUCUAAUAUUUGUAUUAUUUUGUGAUUUAGGCUUUAAUAUUUAAAUGCGAUAAAUGUUUUUUACGUAAUUAAUAGCAACAUGUAUUUUGUAAUAUUGUUAUUUGUGCUAGCUUUUUUAUUAGUUGUUUAAAAAGUAUAUCGUUCAGCCUUGUAAUAUGUUAAUUUAAAUACGAAUAAAAUGCAUGUGUUUAAAGUACGUACACGUUGACUUAGCUUGUUCUAAAGUUUCGACUAUAUUUAAAUUACCCACAUACUCUUCGGGUCCAACUGUACUAUCGAUAUUUUAUACAAUAAAUGAACAACGAAAUGUUGUAGCC